AAAACAAAGCUUAGAUUAGAUGCAAAAUAAUACUUUCCUGGCAGUAAGCAGUGAGUUUUUGGAAGAUUGUUCAUCUCCAGCUUCCUAUCAAAAGAUAAAAUGGAACCCAUAGCUAAAGCAGACCGCGAAGUUGAUUGUUCCAAAUUAACAAGUCGCGGUCAGGAGGUGUUCCCGAUAGUGACGCUGCGAUGGACAAAGUCGUGUAUCAAUUGGCCUAAAGUAUUAGAUGUUGUGCCUGUCACGGCUUAGGAUGUUAAAAGGGCUUUAUUUCUGGUGUUAUGGUUCAGUUAUCCAAUAAAAGAGCUGAUGUCUCCAGUACAAAAUGGUUUAACAGGAGUAUGAAAUCAAAUAUUGACGAGCAGCCAGAAGAACAGCUGUUCUCCACGUUCAGACCUUGUGAACAUGAGAGUUGCACGACUGGAGAUUGCAAAUUAUUCAAACUUUAAAGCAAACGAUAAGAGUGACGCUUCCCAGAGCUUUUACUUCAUCGGGUCAAUGAGGUAUUAAGGAUGAGUAGUAUUAAAACUUUUGCAACUAAAACUAGCGACUCUGGGAGAGUAUUUCAGAGUUUUUACCGCUUUCUAUUCGCGAAACGUUGCUAGAUGUGUCUACUGUGAAUGCGGAACCGAUUGGGAAAAUCGCCUUUUCGCGUUUAAUUCUUUGAGAGAGUGUUAUGAAUUAUAACUUUUGAAUGGAUGCAGUUAUCAAAAGGCCCAGCUAGAUUCCAGAAAAUGGAUUGCAAUGAAGAAAUUAGGCUACCAUUGGAGGUGCAGCUAUGGUUUUUAGAGCAGUCAGGAUACUUUUUAAAGGCGAGAUUGGAUGACAGAAAGUACGAAGCUGCCUGUGUUUUGUUUGAGCGAGUUCUUUGUGGCUACAUCAAACGCGAGCUGAAAGGAAAGCUUCAAGUUGUGUACAGCGAUCUUAUUCGCCUGUUGGAGCACAUCCAUCGGUGGGACUUUGUCAAGGCUGCUUGUCAAGGCUGCUUGUCCAUAUGUUAUUCAGUGCACUGCUCAAAUCCUUGCUAA